AUGGCGCCGCCCGCCGAAAUCUCGAUUCCAUCGACGUCACUGCACACGCCGACUGACGGCUCGAAACCAUACACACUCUACAACAUCACACUGCGGCUGCCGUUGCGCACUUUUGUAGUGCAAAAGCGCUACUCCGAGUUUGCCAACCUUCACCAAAACCUCACGUCCCUAGCAGGCGCACCACCGCCGGCGCCGCUGCCUGGAAAGUCCUGGUUCAAAUCCACCGUCAAAUCCGCCGAGCUUACCGAGGACCGGAGGCGAGGUCUCGAGUCGUACCUGCGAGCCAUAGCCGAGUCACUCGACCGCAGAUGGAGGGAUACCCCAGCAUGGCGCCAAUUUCUGCAGCUUCCUGGCAUCAACAGCGCUGGUAACAGCGCCGCUUCGGUACGGGCUGGUGCUGGCUUUGGUAUUCCCAACAAAGAUGCUGCCAACGCAGCGGCCGCCCAAGACCCAGGCACCUGGCUUGACCUGCACAAAGAGAUGAAGGGCGAAUUACAAGAGGCCAGACGGUGCUUGGCGAGAAGGGAUGGUGCGACUGACAACUCAGCGUCCCUUGAGGCGGGCGCCGCGGCAAAGCGUGCCAUUGUCAAAGCUGGCGGCCUGUUGGUGGCACUGGGUGAUGGCCUAAGAGCUAUUCAAGAUACCAAGAAACUGGGCGACGGCGAGAUCAGGAGGCGGAAGGACCUUCUCUCGGCUGCUAAGGUUGACCGCGAGGACCUGGACAAGCUUGCCAAUACGAUUGCUGCAUCAGCCAAAGCCGGCGCUGGUAAAGGAAUGCCCUCGGCCGCCGACAAAGCUGCGCUCCUGGGGCAUGCACCCAGGCAUGGAGGUCGCGUGCUCGGAGCGCCGCUGCCCGAGACGGAACGGACCAGGGAGCUGGAUAAUCAAGGGGUAGUGCAGCUACAACAACAAAUGAUGAAAGAGCAAGAUGAGGACGUCGAAAGCCUAGCCAAAAUCAUACGAAGACAAAAAGAAAUGGCACUCGAGAUUAAUCGCGAGGUUGAAGAGCAGACCUCGAUGCUUGACAAUCUCAAUAGCGAUGCCGACCGGCUACAGACCAAGGCAGAUAUCGCAAAGAAACGCAUCAAGAGCAUUCGAUGA